CAUAGACAUGGACAAUAUGUGCAUUUAAGAGGAUGUCUGCCAUAGAUGAACCCUGCAUUUCACUCUAACAAGCUCAAAACCUAACAGAUAAGAUACAACACACAAGCAGAUUUUACAGGCAAUAUGAUGGACGAGUUUUUUCAUGAAAACGAUUACCACGUGUCACGACGUAUCUACUCAAACCGGGUUUUUGAUCAGUUUCAUGAGAGACAAGCCCAAGAGAUCCAGAGUUUACGAGAACGGCUGAGCAGAACCUGCGGAUGCACUGAUAAAUGGGCUGUUCAGAAGAUAAAGGGGCUUCUGCCAAUCCUGGAUUGGCUCCCUAAAUACCCAGUCAAGCAAUGGUUACCCGGUGAUGUCGUUUCUGGGGUCACCACAGGACUAGUAUGCUGUUUACAAGGUGUGGCGUAUGCAUUGCUGGCCUCUGUUGCACCAGUCUAUGGACUCUACUCUGCGUUUUUUCCAAUUCUCACAUACUUUGUGUUGGGCACAUCCAGACACAUCUCUGUGGGUCCAUUCCCUGUCACCUGUCUGAUGGUGGGCUCUGUAGUUUUGACCUUAGCUCCCGACGAGCAAUUUCUGCGUUCAGUGAACAUCACAGGUAUUGAUGUAGAGGCAAGAGAGGCCCAGAGAAUCCUAGUGGCUUGUACCAUGACGGUGUUGGUUGGAUUAUUCCAGGUGGCUAUGGGGCUGAUGAAGGUGGGCUUUCUAGUCAGGUAUCUCUCAGACCCACUGGUAGGCGGCUUCACCACUGCUGCUGCCUUUCAUGUCUUCAUAUCUCAGAUUAAAACCAUCCUGUCUGUUCCUAUAUACAACCAUAAUGGAUUCUUCUCCUUUGCUUAUACUCUCAUUGAUGUAGGUAGGAACAUCAACCAAACGAACAUUGCGGACUUGAUUGCUGGAUUACUAACAAUCUUCAUUGUUAUGGCUGUGAAAGAGAUCAACACAAAAUUUCAGCAUAAAAUCCCAGUGCCGAUUCCCAUAGAAGUGAUUGUGACAGUGAUAGCUUCAGCAAUCUCUCAUGUGAUGGACCUAAAUUCCCUGUACGGCGCCAGCAUUGUCCACAGCCUCCCCAGGGGGUUUGCACCACCACAAACACCAAAUAUAGCACUUAUCGGGAACAUUUUGGGCUCUAGUUUUUCUACAGCAGUGGUUGGUUAUGCAGUAGCAGUCUCAGUGGCAAAAGUCUAUGCAGCAAAACAUGAUUACACAGUCGAUGGCAACCAGGAGCUAAUAGCUUUUGGCGUCAGCAACAUUUUCGGAGGAUGUUUCUCAAGCUUUGUGGCCAGCACUGCAUUGUCACGAACAGCAGUGCAGGAAAGCACAGGGGGGAAGAGUCAGGUUGCUGGUAUCAUCUCAGCUCUGAUGGUGAUGAUAGUGAUUUUGGUCCUUGGGCCGUUUCUUCAGCCUUUGCAGAAGUCAGUGCUGGCUGGCAUUGUAAUAGCCAACCUGAAGGGCAUGUUCACGCAGAUCUCUGAAGUGCCUGUACUCUGGAGACAGAACAGAACAGACUGUCUCAUCUGGAUAGCUACGUGCCUGGCAUCCAUUGUGCUGGGCUUAGAUGUGGGUCUGCUGGCUGGUCUGGUAUUUGAGAUGGGCACAGUGGUGGUCAGAACACAGUUCCCUUCUUGUGCCACCCUUGGAAAUGUCUCAAAUACUGAUAUCUACAAAAACAUGAAGGACUACAAAAAUAUCAGAAGGAUUUUUGCCCGGCGCACAAUGCUCCGACCCUCAACACAGAGGUAUUCAGUGACCAGACCGCUCUACUCAGAAGACGCCUUUGAGGAUGAACAUGCAAAAGUCUAUCGGAAACACAAGAGGUUCCUGCACCAUGUUAAACAGUACUUCACGUUUGAGUCCCCAAUCGCUCCCAGUCUGCAGGUUUUCCAGAUGACAGCAGUGGAGGCUUUCCCAAUAGCUAUUGUGGGAUUUGCCAUGGCUUUUGCAGUGGCUAAAGUCUAUUCUGUAAAGCAUGACUACAUUAUAGAUGGAAAUCAAGAACUCAUUGCCUUUGGGGCAAGCAACAUCUUUGGAGGAGCGUUUAAGUCUCUGGCACCCAGCACGGCUCUCUCCAGAAGUGCAGUUCAAGAAAGCACUGGAGGAAAAACACAGGUAGCUGGUUUACUCUCUGCCAUUAUCGUGCUGGUGGUAAUCUCGGGGAUAGGGUUUUUGUUGGAACCUCUACCAAAGUCAGUGCUGGGCGCAGUGGUGAUUGUGAACCUGAAGGGGAUGUUGAUGCAGGUGGUUACAGUCCCUUACCUGUGGAAGAAAGACCGUCCUGACUGCAUUGUAUGGGUGGGGACCUGUUUGGCAGCUAUAUUCUUGGGGCUGGACUUAGGACUUGCUGUUGGUCUUGGACUGGAGCUCCUCACUGUGGUCUUCAGGGCUCAGUUUCCACGCUGCUGUGUCCUGGCUAAUAUCUCAGGGACAGAUAUCUACAGAGAUCGCAAGGACUACAUACAGAUCUAUGAGCCAGAGGGAGUGAAGAUUUUCAGAAUCCCAUCUCCCAUUUUCUUUGCAAAUAUCGAUUUCUUCAGAGACAAACUGAAGGAUGCUGUGGGCUUUAAUCCUCUGAGAAUCCUGAGGAAGAGGAACAAAGCAGUGAAGAAAAUGAAGAAACUGAUAAAGAAAGGGGAGCUGACCUUAACAUCUAAUGGACUACAGGCCACAUGCUCAAUGCCCAUUGAAGAGUCAGAGGAUGAAAGCAACAUGGAGGAUCUAGACAAGCCCACAGACUAUUCAGAUCUUCCAGUCCAGGUGAACUGGAAUGUAGAACUUCCUGCCAACAUCCGAGUUCCUCCUGUGAACAUCCACAGUUUGAUCCUGGACUUCUCUGUGGUCUCAUUCCUGGAUAUAUCUGCACUCAAGGGUCUUAAAGCGGCCAUAAAAUAAUUUAUACGCAUUAAUGUUGAAGUUUACAUAGUAGGCAGUGACCCGUAUAUCAUAGAGAAGCUGAGGAACUGUACAUUUUUUGAUGAUGAAAUCAAGACGUCUAUCUUCUUUUUGACCAUCCAUGAUGCAAUGCUCUGCAUUCAUGAGUCUCAUCCCCCGAAGACCGUGAGUGAGAAGGUCUCAGGAAGUGUCCAAUAUCAACACGUUAAUAGCAGCAGCACAUCCAGUUGGUUGACAAUCCAAGCAGAUAUGAAAACGGAAGUCGAAACAGACACCAAACCAGAGACAAGGUUUUGA